AUGCUCUCGGAGCUUGGUGCCUGCCAUCGCUCAGCCACCACCCUUGCAUCUCCAACACUCUUCUUUCCCUCAACCAACAACACACGACCCUGCCGCAAACCAAUCCGUCGCGGCCGCACCAAUCUCAUCAUGGACGUCGAGGAGUCCCCAUGGGCCGACUCGAACCAGGCCACCUCGCAGGGCGACGCCCCGCCAGCCACAGGUACCUCGUCGAACACGGCGCAGGCCGGCAGCACAUCCUCGCCCUCGGCAGCCCGCCCCUCGCGUGGUCCUCGUCGUCUGGUCGCCCAGCCCACACGCCUCGAGGCCGUUGAAGAUCCCCUCGGCCCGCUGAGCGCUUCCAACGACGACGAUGCCGGUGCUGCCGAGGCGAGACCGCCGGCCCCGCCGCAAAAGGAGCAGCUGGUGAUGCGCACGACAAUGCCGCCGCAGCAGGCCCAGCCUCGACGCCCGGCCGACCCGCACCGCAUCGACGACGACGACGAUGACUUGGAUGCCGGGUCGAGAGGGCCCCGCGUGCCACCGCCCGUGGACGCUGCCCUUCCCAGCAGCAACCAAAGCGGCCAGCGACCCAGCGUCAGCGUGGAGCAGGCUUCCAAGCCGACUUUCCACAUCAGUGUUGGAGACCCGGUUAAGAUUGGUGACCUGACAAGCUCGCACAUUGUCUAUUCCGUGCGGACAAAGACUACUUCCCGCGCCUAUAAGCAACCCGAAUUCGAGGUCAAGCGUCGGUACCGAGACUUCCUCUGGCUAUACAACUCCUUGCACGGAAGCAAUCCCGGCUACGUGGUGCCUCCGCCUCCCGAUAAGCAGGCCGUCGGUCGCUUUGACAGUAACUUUGUCGAGGCCAGACGCGCGGCUCUGGAGAAGAUGCUGAACAAGAUUACCGCACACCCGACCCUGCAGCACGAUGGCGAUGUCAAGAUAUUCCUGGAAAGCGAAGCCUUUAAUGUGGAUGUGAAGCAAAAGGAGCGCCGCGACCCUCUGCCCUCGGAGAGCAAGGGUGUGCUGGGCUCGCUUGGCAUCAAUGUUGGUGGUGGCAGCAAGUUUGUGGAGCAGGACGACUGGUUCCACGACCGCAAGGUGUACCUCGAUGCGCUGGAGAACCAGCUGCGAGGACUGCUCAAGGCCAUGGAGACAAUGGUCGGACAGCGCAAGAUGAUGGCCGAGGCCGCCGGCGAGUUCUCUGCCUCUCUGCAUGCCCUGUCUACCGUGGAGCUGUCGCAGUCGCUGUCGCAACCCCUCGAUGCGCUCUCCGACUUGCAGCUUACCAUCCGCGACGUCUACGACCGCCAGGCGCAGCAGGACGUGCUGACGUUUGGCAUCACAAUUGAAGAGUACAUUCGGCUGAUUGGGUCUGUCAAGCAGGCUUUUGGCCAGCGCCAAAAGGGCUUCUACGCGUGGCACUCGGCCGAGUCGGAGCUGCAAAAGAAAAAGGCCACACAGGAUAAGCUGCUGCGCCAGGGCAAGAGUCAGCAGGACCGUCUACACCAGAUGAAUGGCGAGGUGGCCGAGGCCGAGAAAAAGGUGCAUCAGGCUCGGCUCUUGUUUGAGGAUAUGGGCCGCUGCAUGCGCGCCGAGUUGGACCGCUUUGAGCGCGAAAAGGUGGAGGACUUUAAGAGCGGCGUCGAGACGUUUUUGGAGAGUGCUGUUGAAGCACAGAAGGAGUUGAUUGAGAAGUGGGAGACGUUCCUGAUGCAGCUCGAUGCCGAGGACGAUGCGUCGGCAUUCUACAAGCCCCCCGUAUACCAGACUGCGAACAAGGGCACGGGCGACACGGCUAUUGACCGUGCGCGGGCAAGGAUGGACGAAGAUUCUGAUUAA